GUAUCAGUUGAAAAUUUUAUGCGCGUCAUGACUGGGAGAGUUCAUACAGCCACGCCACGCUCCAAACGUCUUCUCUCAGAUCACCAGAGUAAUAUUCUCAUUUAUCUUACCGGGCAUGGUGGCGACAGUUUUCUGAAAUUCCAGGAUUCCGAAGAAUUGACAAAUGUUGAUUUGGCGGAUGCCAUCGAGACGAUGUACCAGGGAAAUCGGUAUAAUGAAAUGUUGGUGAUCGUGGACACAUGUCAGAGCGAAUCGAUGUAUCAGAAAAUAUAUAGCCCCAACGUGAUUGCAACCAGUAGUUCCCUUGUUGGCGAAGACUCCCUUUCGUACGACGUCGAUCAGUGA